AGUAGAGCUCUCAUGAGACCCUUCAGGGAGCACACAUGCCACAGCAGGUGACUGUCCCAGGCUCUGUGGCCCGAACUCCCUAGCACUCAGGACUGAGUCCUCCGUGGACCCACACCUGGGUGCACUGAGGGACGAUGGUGGGUCUCCCCCUGGGGACUUUUGGGUACUUUCCGUCCACCUUGCUCCCUGGUGCCUGCAAAAAAAAGUCCCAGAGAGAAGCUACUGGCCCUGAUUUCUAGUCCCCUGGCCCCCGCCCUCCUCGCCCGGGUUCCAGCGCUGGUUCUCAGGGUUAGGUCCAGACCUAGGCCUGGGGGCACGUGGCCAGCGCCAGGUGGGCGUAGGGCGGGCUGGCGGUGUCCGAAGUUGGGCAGGAGUGCAGGCUUGGCUCUGCCAGCUGGGCGUCCUGAAAACAGCAGCCUCACCCUGGGCUCCGCCCCUCCACCCCCGCCGCCGGCUCCAGUGCUGGGUGCAGGCGGGCGCUGCGACAUGGGGCGGGGCAACCCCCGAGGCGCGCGUGCCUGUCCCCUGCGGCCUGUCGCCCACCCGUCGAGGGCCCAGCGCGCUGCACGCGGCUAUGGAGCCGCGGCCCAGGGGCUGCGCGGCGGCAGCAGGCGCUGCGGUGAGUGAGGCCGCGGGUGUCGGGGACCCGCUGCCCGGGUCAGGCGGGAAGGCUCCGAGGGAAGUGGCCCUGCCUCGCUGGGGUGCCCCCCCAUGACCUACUUAGAGGCCGGGCCGGGGUGGGGCUCUUCCGCUGAGAGGAAACAGCUUUCUUGAGGCCGGGGGCUCUGGGGUCUCAUCUCGAAAAGCUGGGUAGGUUCCUGCCUGGCAGAAGGGAAGAGCGAGGGGUUUGCAGGGGCCCCUUCUGGGCUGUGCGCUGGAAGGAGGAAGCCAGACCCACCCUCCCCGCCCAUGGGUGCCCCUUCUGCCCAGGAGUCUGAAAAGUGGGAGCCUCCAAGGGCAGAGGCACCUCGGGUCAGCAUCCCUGUAUCCCAGGGGCUCCUGCUGCUGCUGCUGCUGGGAGUCGGGGUUCAGGGCAGCACCCCUGGCUCCAGGUGUGACUGUGCUGGUGACGUCCAGAGGAGGUAUGGCCCGUUUUGUUGCAGGGGCUGCCCAAUGGGGCACUACCUGAAGGCCCGCUGCACGGAGCACUGUGGCGACUCCACCUGCCUCCCGUGUCCCCGGGGCACCUUUUUGGCCAGGGAGAACCAUUAUAAUGGCCACUGUACCCGCUGCCAGGCCUGCGAUGAGGAGGCCUUCCAGGUGGCCUUGGUGAACUGCUCCGUGGUGGCAGACACCCACUGUGGUUGCCCACCUGGUUGGCUUGUCGACUGCUCCGUCAAACCCUGCAUGGCGAGUUCACCCUUCCGAUGCCUCCCAUGCCCAGACUGCAAGUCCCCUGACCACCACACACCUGUGCCUUGUUUUGGCAGAGACAAUGGCUGUGGGCCCUGCCCGCCUGGCUUCUAUGAACACAGCGAUGACUGCGUGUCCUGCCCCACGAGCAUUCUGGGAAGCUGUCCCGAGCCCUGUGCUGCUGUCUGCGGCUGGAGGCCGAUGUUCUGGGUCCAGGUGCUUGUGGCGGGCCUGCUGGUUCCGUUCCUGCUUGGGGUCACCUUCAUCUAUUUGUAUUGGCGCUGCCAGCCUCACAAGCUGGUGGUUCCGGACAAAGCUGGCACAGAUGCCCUGACCCCAUCACAGGUUUCCCACCUGUCAUCCCCGGACAGCACCCAUGCCCUCCUUGAAUCCCCUGGCAACAGUGGGAAGGUCUGCACUGUCCAGUUAGCAGGCAACAGCUGGACCCUUGGCUCCCAGGAGGCACCCUGUCAGCAGGUGCCACAGUCCUGGGACCAGCUGCCCAGUCAAGUUCUUGUGCCUGUCUCUGGCCUACCCCCAGGGUCUCCUCUGGCACCUCCGCUCUCGCCAGCGCCCCCUGCAGGUUCUCCGGCUGCUAUGCUCCAGCCGGGCCCGCAGCUGUAUGACGUGAUGGACGCGGUUCCUGCGCGGCGCUGGAAGGAGUUCGUGCGCACUCUGGGGUUGCGGGAGGCGGAGAUCGAGGCGGUGGAGGUGGAGAUCGGCCGCUUCCGCGACCAGCAGUAUGAGAUGCUCAAGCGAUGGCGCCAGCAGCAGCCCGCGGGCCUGGGCGCCGUCUAUGCGGCCCUGGAGCGCAUGGGGUUGGACGGCUGUGCCGAGGACCUGCGCCUCCGCCUGCAGCGCGGUCCUUGACGCGGGGGUCUCCUUUGGCCUUGGCGCUCGCGUGACCCUGGCAGAAGCCUUAAGUACGGUUACUUAUGCGUGUAGACAUUUUAUGUCACUUACUGAAUUCCCCGGCUGGGCCCUGCGUAGCAGCGCCCGCCGGCCUCGCCCUGUCUUGUCCGCUUGCCCGUUGGGGGCGCGCUAAUCGGCGAGGGCGCGUGCGGGAGGGGCGCAGGAUCAUCUAGCUGUCCUCUUGGCCCGAGUUGGUAUUAAAUUGUUAAGACAA